CACAGAGGAACGGCAUUUCUCUCUAAUGGCUGGUGCUCAUUCGUGAGAGAAACUGGUCUUCGUCUAAGAGAUGUCUGUGUUUUUGAGCUCAUUGAUAGGGAUGACAUUGUGUUCAGUGUCUACAUUUUCAAGAGUGAUGGUCGGAUCGAAAGCAAACAAUCUCAACACAAAGAGAGCUCUUCCGAGCCAGCUUUUCACUUUUCCCCAGGUCUGAGCCCGGUCUCUGCUUAUGAGAAAGCUAGGAGAUUUGAAUCAUACCAUUCCUUUUUCAAAGUGGUGAUGCGGCCUUCUUAUGUUCGGCAACGUUUGAGCAUUCCUAGUGAAUUCUUCAGGAAACAUGUUCAAAAGAACAAGCAGGUUGCGACUCUUAGUUACUUAGACAGAUCUUGGCAAGUGAAGUUGAAGAGCUAUGAUCACAGAGGAAUGGCAUUUCUCACUAGUGGUUGGCCCUCAUUCACAAGAGAAACUGGUCUUCGUCUAGGGGAUGUCUGCGUGUUUGAGCUCAUUGAUAGGGAUGACAUUGUGUUCAGAGUCUCCAUUUUCAGCAGUGAUGGUCGGAUUGAAAUUGAACAAUCUCAAUUCCGAGAGAGCUCUUUGGAGCCAGCUUUUCACGGUUCUCCAUGUCCGAGUCCUAUCACUACUUAUGAAAAAGCUAGUAAAUUUGAAUCGGAGUAUCCGUUUUUCCACAUUGUGAUAUUGCCAAAUCAUAUAUACACAAAAUUGAACAUUCCCUGGAAGUUCAUGAAGACAUAUAUUCGGGGAGACCGGCGAAUGGUGACUCUUGUUAAUUCGGGAAGAUCGUGGGAGGUGAAGCUCCAUGGCUAUAAGCGCUUCCAGAUUGCAUUCUUGGCAGCCGGCUGGUCAGCAUUCGUAAGAGAAGCUCGCUUGUGCAUAGGAGAUGCCUGCGUGUUCGAGCUCAUCGAUAGGGACAACAUAGUGUUCAGAAUCUCCAUUUUCAGUAGUGUAAAUAAGGAAGUGAUCUGCAUCGAUUGAGGUGAAUCAAUGGAAUUGUCGCGUAUUAGGCUGUUUACAAUGCCGAGAGGAACUCGAGAAACUAAUUUGCCAGCACUAGUUCAUGCCUCCCUUUCUCUGUUGCUUGACUAAUUGACGAGGAGCUCGCUUCUGCUCGCUCACAUUGAUGUUCUUUUUUUUCCUGGUGAUCACAAGUAGAGAAUGUAAAUCCACUUGAACCAGAACGUUGCCUGAACAUGUUAACUGAUGGGUUUGAAGAAAAACAGGGGAAAACCUUGUGUAUUGGGGAAUGAGUUUGUUCUUGUGUUUGUAGAUUAAGUCUUGUUAGCGUUGAAA